AUGCUACUGUCUGAUGUGGCUGAACCGGGUGGUGAUCCCACACAUGCUCAUGCUCAUGCUCAUGGCCAUGGCCAUGGCAAGGCUGAUGGCGCAGGUGAGGAGGCAGAGGUGGCUGUCAAGGAGAAGAAGUCCGUCUCUAUGGGCCAUCUGGUGGCGGGCGGCCUCUCGGGCGCUCUGUCGCGGACGCUCACUGCUCCGCUGGAUCGGCUUAAGAUCCUGUACGAGGUCCAGGCUGAUCACUCUAUGAAGCGAUCCAUGUGGCGUGACCUGAAGGCCAUCGGUGAGCGGGAGGGCAUGCGCGGCUACUUUCGCGGCAACGGGGCCAACGUGCUCAAGAUCGUGCCCAAGAUGGCCCUCAAGUUCUACGGCUUUGAGUUUUUCAAGAACGCCUUUAUGGCCGACGAUGCCUCGCAGGUGACCUUUACCCAGCGACUGCUGGCCGGCAUGUCCUCGGCCGCAGUCUCGCAGUUUACCAUCCAGCCGCUCGACUGCGUCAAGGUCCGCAUCGCUGCCUCGGACGCCGCCCGCUACAAGGGCAUCAUCGACUGCGUGACCAAGAUGUGGCGGUACGAGGGCCUUCGCGCGUUUUACAAUGGGGUCGUGCCUUCUGUUACGGGCAUCAUUCCCUCGAUGGGCGUCGACCUUGCCAUCUACGACUCGCUCAAGUCAGUCUACCGCAAUCACCUCGCGCCACGCCUCGCCGAGCCCGACGAGGAGAUCUCGGAUGCCAUCCCUGCGCCGGCGCUCCUUGUCAUCGGUAUGAUCUCCACGUCGGCGGCCUACGCCGUCGGCCAGCCGUUUGGCCUCAUCCGCGCCCGCCUCAUGGUCCAGGGCGUGAACACCGGGUACGAGUCGCGCUACUCGGGCGCCAUCGACGUCAUCCGCCAGACCGUCAAGAGGACGGCAUCCGCGGCAUUGGUUUCUUAA